CCGUAGACCUUCGCGGAAGUAACAAAUAUCCGCCAUGAUUUGUUUAGGUAGCUAGACUCACUAAUGUUGAAGAGUGUGAUGUGUUAUAACUUAUAAGUAGUGCGACUACACUUAUGGACGAUGAAUGGGAAGAGGAGGAGCAGCUUGUUGUUGUGGAGCUCUCUGGAGUCAUAAACAACGAUAUUAUGUCCAAACCUGGGGCUACUUGCAAGAUACUGGAUAUUGACAGUGAGCAGCCUAUGAUGCAACUGGGCCAGAAUGUGUUUGCAGGACAAUAUGAAGAUGCCCUUGGAACAUGUGUUCUAUUUGAGGAGGGACCAGGCACAGGAACCUCCGGCAGUGGACCAGCGCUCAAGUACAAAUGUCACACUGUUAAGAAACUGAUGAUGCAACGAGUUUUCCUCAGUGACAAAAAAGAAAAUGGAGCAGACUCAGCAGCAGGCGGUGAAGGUGACAAGCAGGGAGACACCGUCUGCCAGUCUGAUCUAGAAACUAAAGAAGACUCUGCAAAAGGAUGACAACAUGGUCACAUUGGGGGAAAAAGGCGCUUCCAUUCUUUCAACUGUGUUGCAGUUCAUCCUGGGACACAGAUUCUAGUUAUUACACAUCCCUUUUUCCGUUUUUGAAAGAAGGGUGAAACGUACCAACCUCUAUGCUAAACUAUGUAUCCCUUGAUGGGAUGGCUGAUAACAUGCUUUGUGACAUCAUCAACAAAGUAUUUCAGUGUACAUUCAGGAUGUGAGGCAUGGAGCCUGUUUAGAGCACCACAAACAGUGAAGGUCUUGAUAAAGGAAGAUGUAUUGCAGCCUCUAAUGCAGUGUUUUUCAACCUUUUUUUGAGCCAAAGCACAUUUUUUUCAUAGAAAAAAUGCGGAGGCACACCACCAGCAGAAAUCAUUAAAAACUGAAACUCAGCAGCUGAUAUUGACAGUAAAAGGUUGUCGUCGCAAUUGUUGGAUAUGACUUUAAAGCAUAACCAAGCAUGCAUCACUAUAGCUCUUGUCUCAAAGUAGGUGUACUGUCACCACCUGUCACAUCACACCCGGACUUAUUUUGAGUUUUUUGCUGUUUUCCUGUGUGUAGUGUUUUACUUCUUGUCUUGCGCUCCUAUUUUGGUGUCUUUUUCUCUAUUUUUUGGUAUUUUCCUGUAGCAGUUUCAUGUCUUCCUUUGAGCGAUAUUUCCCACACUUGCUUUGUUUUAGCAAUCAAGAAUAUUUCAGUUGUUUUUAUCCUUCUUUGUGGGGACAUUGUUGAUUGUCAUGUCAUGUUCGGAUGUACAUUGUGGACGCCGUCUUUGCUCCACACGCUGUAAGUCUUUGCUGUCGUCCAGCAUUCUGUUUUUGUUUACAUUGUAGCCAGUUCAGUUUUAGUUUUGUUCUGCAUAGCCCAGGGGUCGGCAACCCAAAAUGUUGAAAGAGCCAUAUUGGACCAAAUAUACAAAAACAAAUCUGUCUGGAGCCGCAACAAAUUAAAAGCCAUAUUACAUA